AUGGGAACUCCAGAGAGUAAGAGGGAGCCAUGUCCCGAUCGGAUCCUCGAUGAUAUCGGCGGUGCGUUUGGCAUGGGAGCCGUCGGAGGAUCCGCCUUUCACUUCAUAAAAGGGUUCUACAAUUCUCCCGCCGGCGCUCGUCUCUCCGGCGGCACUCAGUUCGUGCGGAUGAACGCGCCGCGAGUCGGAGGAAGCUUCGCGGUGUGGGGUGGUCUUUUCUCGACCUUCGAUUGCGCCAUGGUGUACGCAAGACAGAAGGAGGAUCCAUGGAACUCGAUCCUCUCCGGCGCCGCCACCGGAGCACUUCUCUCGAUGCGUCAAGGGCUAACCGCUUCCGGUCGAGCGGCUAUGUUCGGAGGUGCGAUGUUGGCUCUCAUAGAAGGAGCCGGGAUCAUGCUCAACAAAUUUAAUGCUUCGCAGCAGAACGAGCAGUUUUCGAUGGAGGACCCUGCAGCUUCGGUACCGCCUGGUGUGACCAUGGGUCAGGUUUUUGGUCAGUCCGUACCAGAGACUCCUUCUGCUUCGGAGGCAGGUUCGGGAUCUUGGUUUGGGGGUUUGUUUGGUAGUGGGAAGAAGAAGGAGUCUGCGGAUAAAUCAGGGAGCAAGACUCAGAUUUUGGAGAGCUUUGAUGCACCUCCUGUGCCAACUUACGAGUUUUAA